AAACAUCUAAGAGCAACCGAGAAUGAAACCGAGAGCACCGUCGUCGAAGAAAGCAGAGAGUGGAGGAAGGAAGAGAGUCCAUCGCGAGAGGGAACUCUGGUUCAUCGUCGUCGCGUCCGCGGGGUUGGUCCGGGGAGCUUCACCGAAGUGUCUGCGACUCAGGCGUGGCGGUGUUAGGCUCGGGGAGUCCUUGGAGCGUGACAAAUUGCUCACUGGAACCACGAAGCCGUCGCACGACGUGGAGAGCUCCAUUGCCGCCAUAAUUACUAGACAUUACCAGGUACCACCGGAGAAAGAUUGCUAUGAUGAGUUUGGAGAGGUCUAGGUCGUCGUCUCCCAGUCAACUAUGAUGGUGGAGGAUCUUGUCACCAAAUGGUUUAUUUUAUUUAGUUAUUUAGUACAAAGAAUUUUACAUAUGUAAUAAAGGUUAUGACAUUGAUUUAUGUACAUUGAGUCAUCAUAUGUGUGAGACUUGAUCCUAGCACACAUGUAAGUUGCACUUGGAUUUAUCCUUAAAUUCGGGUGUGACAUAUAUAUUAAGGAAACAUGUGUGGGAUAAGGAAUAA